AUGCCUUCAAAAGUCCCCGAGCGCCAAAACUACUUCCUGCGUUCAUCACGAAACAGGGUGCCCUUUCAGCAUUUCUCUCGCAUUUUAAUCAUUGGGGCCCCCGGCGCAGGCAAGGGAUCACUCUGCUCCAAGCUCGCGACCCAGUAUGGCUUCCAUCACCUUUCUAUCGGCGAUCUCCUGAGAGAGCAAGCGGCAUCCGGGUCUCUCAGACCUGAUCUGGUCAGAGCCAUUCAGAACAGUGUCUUGCUAGAGAUCGAUGACCUUGUCCUCAUCCUCAAGCACGCCAUCGAAGAGCUCGGUAGGGCGGGUAAAAGGCGACUUUUGAUCGAUGGUGUUCCCCGUUCCCUUGAUCAGACAGCGCAUAUAGAGAGCGCGGUUGGCUUGCCUGAUCUUGUUCUGUUCUUUGAUUGUCCCGAAGAUCUCGCCAAGCAGCGGGUCCUUACCAGAAACAUCCCGGGUAGAGUCGGUGACGUGGAGAGCUUUGAUGCGCGAUACAAGCACUAUGCCGAGGAGAAUGAAAAGAUCAUUCAACGUUAUAAGGAGAAGGGAUUGCUGCUGACGAUUGACACAAGCGGCGAUGUUGAAUCUUCUUACGCCAACUUGCUUCAGGCUCUGCGGUCCAGGAUUUGA